AUGUCUUUUGAUAACCAAGGUCCUGCUAAGAGACGUUUAAGAGUCUCCAUUCAACAACAACAUCAAAACCAACAAUCAUAUGAGUAUCAGGAUAGAUUAUCUACUGUUGGGAUGAGAAUAAGACAAGCCAUUGAUACAGGCUAUAAGAUUCCACCACCAGUACAACAACAACAACAACAACAGCAGCAACAACCACAUUCAAACAAUAUAGUUCAAGAUAACUCUAUUUAUACCAUUCCAGACUAUAAAAGAGUUCCAUUAUUGAACAAAGAGCCCCCUAUGUUAGUUAAUCAACAAUCAAGCUCAGACAGUACUUUGGAAUUAUGGGAAAACAAUUUGGAGCAAAGAUUAUAUACCUUAGAUAAUACGUUAAAUACCGAUUCUGAAUUUAAUAGGGCUGUUAAAAGAGGAUUUGACGACAUUUCCUUUUAA